AUGGCCCAGCCUGUCGCUCUCUACGGUCUGGAGAUCCCUCCCGGCGAUGUCCUCAUUCCCGCCUCUCCCGACUUCCCUGCCACUUUCCGCAUCACCAUGGCCGCCAUUGACCCUACCGAGGCGCCCGAGGCUGACAACGACGGAAACAUCCCUGCUGUCCCCCGCUCUACCCUCCGCCUGGUCAAGCAGCGCUUCGGCGACGACCUCGAGGAGGACGGUGAUGAUGAGAUUGACGAGGAGUACAUGAAGGCUCUGAUCGCCGCCAACGACGAUGACGAGGACUCUGAUGAUGACGACGAGCCCAACGGCGGCCCCAGCGACCCCGCCAAGUCCAAGAAGCAGAAGCAGGCCGACGCCCUCAAGAAGCUGAUCGAGGCCGCCCAAGAAGAGGAGGACUCUGACGAGGAGAUGGACGAUGCCAAGCCCAACGGUAAGAGCAAGAAGGGCAAGGCCAAGGCUUCCGACGAUGAUGAGGACGAGGAGAGCGAGGAGGACAGCGACGACGAGGACGGUCUCGACCUUGAGAACUUUGUCAUCUGCACUCUCGACACCGAGCGCAACUACCAGCAGCCCCUUGACAUCACCGUCACCGAGGGCGAGAAGGUCUUCUUCGUCGUCUCUGGUACCCACACUGUCCACCUGACCGGCAACUACGUUAUCGAUGCCGAGGAGGGCUCCGACAGCGAGGACGAGGACGACGAGGACGGCGAGUACGACCUCUCCCCCGAUGAGCUCGAGUACGCCAUGGGCGAGGUCUCUGACGAGGACAGCGAUGACCUCGACGACACUGCCGACCCCCGCGUCAUGGAGGUCGACUCCGACGACGAGGAGGCCCCCAAGCUGGUCGAGACCAAGAAGGGCAAGAACAAGCGCGCCGCCGAGAGCCUCGACGACCUGAUUGCCGAGAGCAAGGACGAGUCCAAGCUGUCCAAGAAGGACAAGAAGAAGCUCAAGAACAACAAGGGCGAGGCCGUCGCCGCCGAGGAGAAGUCCACCCCCAAGUCCGACAAGAAGGUCCAGUUCGCCAAGAACCUCGAGCAGGGCCCUACCGGCUCCGCUGAGAAGGCGAAACAGGCUGGCAAGGUCGGCGUCAAGGUCGUCCAGGGCGUCACCAUUGACGACCGCAAGGUCGGCUCUGGCCGCGCUGUCAAGAACGGCGAUACCGUCGGUGUUCGCUACAUUGGCAAGCUCGACGACGGCAAGGUGUUCGAUGCCAACAAGAAGGGCAAGCCUUUCUCCUUCAAGGCCGGCAAGGGCCAGGUCAUCAAGGGCUGGGAUGUCGGUAUCCUCGGCAUGACUAUUGGCGGCGAGCGUCGUCUGACCAUCCCCGCUCACCUUGCCUACGGCUCCAAGGGCCUGCCUGGCAUCCCCGCCAACAGCACCCUGACCUUCGACGUCAAGCUCCUUGAGAUCAAGUAA